GUGGGGCUGGUGCAAGGUGCGUGGGGCCGGUGGAAGGGGCCGGGCCAGGCCCGGCUCAAGGAGGGAGAUGGGGGGGGGCAAACAAGUCGGUGCAAAGUUGCGAUGCUGGGGCCUCAGUCGCCCACCCCCCGGGACAGCAGCCCAUGCUGCUCCCCGCUGCGAGACCGGGGGGCCCCGCACCCCCUGCACCCAGCCCUUCCCUGGGGCGGGGGGGGGAGAUGCCACACAGGGCUGGCUCCACCCGGGGUUUUAUUAUACCCCGCAGGACAGGGGCUUCACAAAGCGUGUGAUGGUGCCCUUCCUGCCUCUUUUCUUUCUCCCCCACCUCCCUCCUUCCUUUCUUUUAUCACUUCCUUUUAUUAUGCAUGCCCAGGAAGGAAGGGGGGGUGGACUUUCCUUAAUAGCAGGCCUGGGGGGGCUUCAAAGCAGCCCCAUGGAGGCCUUGUCCUAAUGAGGAGCCGCGCACAUCCCUUCCCAGCCCUCGCACCCCUGCCGAACAGGCUCUUCAACUUCUGCUCCACUAUUUCUUCCCCUCCUCCCUCUCCCGUCCUCCCUCUGCCAGGAGGUGCGGCCGGGAUCCUUCUCCAGCCGCAAUCAGGCUAGAUUUCCUGGGCGUGAAGAGAUUUAUUUAUUAUUAUUUCUUUUUUUUUUUUAAGAUCUAAGCCACCGCCUGUCUCCCUGGGCUGGCUUGUUUAAUCUAAGAGUAGGUGGCAGGAGCAGGGGAUUUAUGGGGUUAUUUGCAAGGAGAGGUGUAAGCCAGCGCGGGCGGGUGGGGGGAGGCAGGAGCAGGCCCAGGGACAGCGAGGAGCAUCGCUCCGAGGGGUCAGGUUGUCUCUUUUGCAACCCAGCCGUCGCUUGUGCAAGAGGUGGCUGCUGAGAACGGCCCAGCUCGUGUCGUGGAGCAGAGGGAGCCGACGGGGCUGGGAGAGGAAAGCCCGGCUGCUCACCAUCCAUAGGGAUGGAGAGAGGAGGAGUUUUUCAUCCCCCAGCUCCAUCGAUCGAGAGGCAGAUGUAGCCCCUCCACCUCCAAACCUUGCAGAGAUUUAUCCCUCCCAGCCUCUGGGAGCCCGGCAGUCCCCUGCCCUCAUCUCCAACCGAUUCCUCCCUGCGUGGAAAGGUUUCUUUCUCAGCUGCUUCCUUUCCUCCAUGGCAACACAGCUGCUCCCUCCCUCCUAUAAGGUUUUGAUUCACACGAGUGGGGCCGGAGCUGCUUCCCGCGGUGUGCCCGGCACCGUCCCACGGGCUCGGGGUGCUCCCGGGCCCUGGCAGGUGCCGCCAAGCCGGGGAGCAUCGUGCCGAACCGGGGCCGCUCUCGGGAAGAGGGGUGUUGGCCGAGAAGGUGCUGGGGUGGGAGAGAGGAGCAUCCCUGGUCUCCCACCCAAGCAUCCUCCUCCUCAUCCCCCUCUGCUGGAGCAGGACAUGGAGCCCCCGGUCCUCUGGGGUGGAUUCAGCUCUGGAGUCCCUGGGGAGAGCUCGGAGGUGGUGGAGGGACGGGUGGGAUGUGCACGUGCUUUUCCCAGCACCCACAACUUUGUGGUGGCAGGCUCUGGCUCGGGGGGCCAUCCCUGGUGGCAUCCCACCGAAGGGGAGGGUGCCCACAGCAUCCCUGGCCGGAGCCGCUUCGUGGGGCCGGUGCCCGUCCCCGGUGGGGCGGAGGAGAGCAUGGCAGGGUGGGGGCCAUACUGGGCCCAUCUGUUUCCAGCUACAGGAGAGGGUACGGCAUGGCUCGGAGGCUGCAUUUCCUCUGGCAAAGAUUGACUUAAAAAGAGACAAACCCAGCCCAGCCCCUGGUCAGCCGGCCGGCAUUUUUCUUUCCUAAAUCUAAACCAUACUUUUUUUUUUUUUUCUAAGAGACUUCUUGAAGGGCUCUGGGAUGCUGUGAGUAAUAUUUUCGGGGUGUUUACACGACAGCAUGGUUUCUGUCUCCCAAAAAAAAAAAAAAAAAGAAUCCGAGGGUGGUUUUUGUUGUUGUUUUGCACUCGUGAGUCACUUCCAGAGGGGAGCGGGAGCUGACGCGUGUUUUUUAAAAAGCCUCGAAGGUCUGAGCACAGCUCCUUGCACUGCACAUCUCGCCUGCACCCGCUCCAGCCUCCCCGAUGUGGCUCAGUGUCCCUGGGGGGGCUUAGCACCCUGGCUGUCCCACUCUCCCCAGUAGCACUGUCCCAGCUGCUCUAACACCAUCCAGAUUGAAACCAGUUGCUCAAAACUAAGCGUUAUUAACCCUGUAGGCAGAGGUAGGGAGAAUGUCUCCGUCUUUGCACGUAGACUGGGCAAACAACCUCGUACCUGCAGGAGAAGCCGGGCUGGGGGGCUGCCAUGCUCCAGAGAUGUGGGUUGGACCCAGGGCAGGGAUGCAGGGACAGUCCCCAGAGGGAAAAGUGGCCCGGGGGGGUUGCACCAUCCAUCCCAGAGCAAGUCUGUGAUUUUCUAGCUAAGUCUCCCAGGUAGCUCUAAACCCUGUGCUUAUGGGCAGCGAGAUCGGGACACUGCUCUCGCCACCCUAUUUCUGCUGGGAAAUAAUCAUAUCACUGCUCUGAGCAGGUGCCCCCCCCACCCUGCAUAGCCAUGGUCGCUUGACUGAGGAGCCGAGCAGGCACCCUGUGCUCGGGGUCACCGGUAAGCGCCGGGGCUGUGGUAGCAAUCCUGCUCCCUUCCAGUCCGGAGCCCAUCCUCCUGGCUCCUGGGCUGGGAGCUGGAUUUGGAACCGGCCCCACGGCUCUGGAAAAACAGGUUUUCCCUACGCCCCUGGGGAAGCAUCAAGGUGGAGAGGGGACGAUGGAGCCUCUUCUUCUGUGGGAUUUCCCCAGGAGCAAGGAAAGCCAUCCAGCCCUUUGGGAUGUGCACAGAGGUGGGGACAACCCCGUGUCCCCAGGACAAGUGCCAGGUGGUGCCUGUCCCUAAACCCAGCUGGGGUGGCAGGAGCAGGGUCAGGGGUUGCAGCAUCCCACCCUGGGUGCAGCAGUGCUGGGUAUCGAGGUGGGGUGGAGGGAGCAGGGCUGUGGGAGCCUACACCACCCUUCCAGGGCCCUGGGACCCCCGUGGGGAUGCCCGGAGGCCCCCAGUGCCGUUCCAUCGCUCAUCCUGUUCCAACUUGCCAGUGCUGACAGAGCGUCUGGGAUUUCAAGGACUCCAGAUUAAAUCUGGAGCUGCUCUCCUCCUUUUGGGGAAAGGGGAUGGGCUCUGUGGGAAGACCUGGCCAAGAUGCUGCUCCCCAAAUGCCUGUUGGGGACCGUGAGAGCUGCCUUAGCACUGGGGCACUGGCUAAUUCAGCGGGGUGUCCGUGCUGCGGGCUUUGGGGCAGGAUCCUGCCUGGCAGCUGGUUUGUUUUGCUCCCCAGCCGGUGAUGGGAGGAUGCAGGUUGCAUUCCCGGGAGGGAUGCAGCUGCAAAUCCAGCCUGGGGGAGGGCAGAGAGCAGGGAUGGGUGAGAUGGGGAGGGAGGUCUGAGCACCCAAAGCCUCACCCAGCCAGCACCACCACGUGGGGCCGGUCACUGGGGCCACGAGAGUGGGAAGAGGCACCAGGGUCCCACUGCUGGAGUCCGGCCCUGCAGCCUCAGACACGUUGCUCCGUCCCAGUGCGUCGGUGUUGGCCUGGGCUCAUUGCACCGGAGUAUUGCCACGAGCCACCGGCGGUGCGAGGGGACACAUGGCGGGGACUGGCACGGGCCAAAGGACGAUGAGUGAAUCCAGCGCCAAAUCCAGCCAGCCUCUGGCCUCCAAAGGGGAGAAGGACGUGUCGGAGAAGAGGGGCCGGGGGCGGCCCAGGAAGAAGCCGCAGCAGGAGCCCAGCGAGGCCCCGACCCCCAAGAGACCCCGCGGACGGCCGAAGGGCAGUAAAAACAAGGCCACCCCGAAAGGCAGGGUAGGUGGCUGGGGACGGGGGCUGCUCCGGCCAAGCAGCCGUGCGCUGGGACGACAGAAAGCUGCAGUCACACCAGGGAGAAAACCUCGAGGCCGACCCAAAAAAUCGCAGGACGAAGAGGAGGUGAACAUUUCCCAGGAGUCAUCCGAGGAGGAGCAGUGAAACCUCCCCGACCGGCGCUACCUCAUCGCCCGACGGUCCCGCGUCCUCGGCGGCCGGGGGGAGAGGGACGGGGAGAAACCCACUGUGCCGCCCUGGCUUUUUCCUCCUCCCUCUUCCACUCCUUCCUCAUCCUCAGACAACGGCAGCACUGGAAAAUGGCCCAACCCAGGUGGCCCCCGCAGCCCCCCACCCGGGGGGGGGGGGCUGGAGGGGGGGCACCCACCCCGGCUCCCCCUUCUC